CGCGGUCCAAGCCCCGCGUCCCGUCCGCCCCUCCGCGGCCUUCUCCGCCGUCUCCAGCCUCCAGGCCGCCGGGGCCGGCCCGAGGAGCGGCCGCCCGCCCGCCAUGAACCAGCUUCUCUUCCGGGAGCUCGUCCCGCUGCAGGUGAAGUGCAAGGACUGCGAGGAGAGGAGAGAGAGUGUUCAAGUGCGUAUUGAGCUGCAGUCAGUUUCAAAUCCAGUCCAUAAGAAGGAGUUAGUUAUCCAGCUGACUGAUGAUACAGAUCCCUUUUUCCUGUAUAACCUUGCGAUAUCCGAGGAGGAUUUUCAGAGUUUGAAAUUCCAGCAGGAUCUUCUGGUAGACUUCUCAGCUUUCCCACAGAAGUUUAUAGAUUUACUUCAGCAAUGUACUCAGGAGCAAGGCAAAGAAAUCCCAAGGUUUUUGCUGCAAUUAGUUUCUCCAGCAACCAUAUUGGAACACUCCCCAGCAUCUCUAAAUGUGGUUCAGACCAACCAGUUUAAGUAUCUAACUCACCUUUCACUAAAACUCCUACCGGGAAAUGAUGUGGAAGUAAAGAAAUUUUUAGCAGGUUCUUUGAAAUGUAUGAAGGAAGAAAAAUUAUUAUUGGAGCAAACACUUAAGAAAACUGAAGAGGACCUGUCCAGACAGUUAAACUAUACCCAGCAGGCGUUGUCAGAAAAGAGCCGGGAACUGGAUAAAUUGCGUAAUGAAUUGACAACACACACCUCAUCACUGACAAGCAAGCAUUCUCUGGAAUUGACAAGUGAGAGGGAAAAAGCUCUCCAGGCCCAGGCGCAGUAUCAGCAGAUGCUUGAACAACAGAAAAAAGAGCUGGAAAGCCUGCACCAGAGAAAUGUUCUUCAGCUGCAGAGCAGACUGUCAGAGUUAGAGGUGGCCAACAAAGACCUGACGGAAAGGAGAUACAAAGGCGACUCCACAGUCAGAGAACUUAAAUCAAAGCUUUCUGGGUUAGAAGAUGAGUGUCAGAGAACAAAACAGGAAGUCCUUUCUUUGCGUCGAGAGAAUGCUACGCUUGAUGCCGAAUGCCAUGAAAAAGAAAAACUCAUUAAUCAACUUCAGACUAAAGUAGCUGUUUUGGAGCAGGAGAUUAAGGAUAAGGACCAGCUAGUAUUGAGAACGAAAGAAGUAUUUGACACAAUGCAGGAACAAAAGGUAGCGUUGGAAGAAAGUGCAGAGAAGAAGCAAGUGCAACUAGGAAAACUUGAGGCCACAAUAAAGUCAUUAUCCACAGAACUCCUUAAGGCAAAUGAAAUUAUCAAGAAAUUGCAAGGGGAUUUGAAAACUCUAGUGGGCAAAUUGAAACUAAAGAAUUCAGUUACAAUUCAGCAAGAAAAAUUGCUCGCUGAAAAAGAGGAAAAAUUGCAAAAGGAGCAGAAGGAGCUACAAGAUGUUGGACAAUCUCUUCGCAACAAAGAGCAAGAGGUGUGCAAACUGCGAGAACAGUUAGAGGCUUCGGUCCAAAAACUUGAAGAAAGUAAACAGCUUUUGAAAACCAAUGAAAAUGUAAUUACAUGGCUAAACAAGCAACUGAAUGAAAGCCAGUUAACAAGAAAGCAAGAAAUAUUGGGUCUCUCUACCACUCCAUCUGCACAUAUCAGCAAUAACUCAAUCAGAAGCGGAAUUUCACCUAAUCACAAUGUGCUUGACAACCGACUCCUGUACCCAAACUCGGGGAUUGGCUAUCCUGCCUCCUCUGCCUUCACCUUCCAGAAUGCCUUCCCACAUGCCACAUCUGCCAAGACUGCUAGCCAUCCAAUGUCUGGACCAAAGGUUCAAUUUAACAUGCAGUUUUCAAAAAGCAGUGCGUCCUCUGGAGACAUCCAGCCAGGAGGAAUAACUAGCACAGCUCGUUCAACUGAUAAGGAAAAUGGUGAGAAUUUGGGGCUGGAAUCCAAGUAUUUGAAGAAAAGAGAAGACAGCAUUCCUUUACGAGGACUCAGUCAAAACAUCUUUAAUAAUUCAGAGCACCUGAAAGACAGCCCUUUGGCCAUGCUUCAAGCUUCUUCAAAACCUGGAGCGCUCCCUUCUGCAGCCUCGGCUUAUUUUCCUGGGCAGUGACAAAACUCUCAGGAGACUUUUCUUCUGUUAAGGAUCAAAAGACUGGUGAUGGAUGAUAAUUAUGGAACAAGUUAACCUAAUAAUUUAAAUUCCACUUUUAUCAAAAUGCUUCAACUUUGACCUCAUCUCUCCUGCAUCAAAUCAUUUUCAUCGUUUCGAUCCCAUCGGUUGGCAUUCCCCAGGCCAUGAGAGGAAAGUGCAUUGGGGAAAUUGAAUUUUUGAGUUCAGCCCAAAGUUUCUGAAGGAACUGACAAUUUGGAGCAUUUUUACUCUUUAUGUCAGUGGAACAGUGUGCAGAGUGGAGGCUGUGUGUUUUAUUUUAUGUAUUUUAUAUAAGUGCCCUUUCUUAACUUCAUCUUUCCAACUAAAAUUGUCUACCAAGGGAUGCCGAUUCCUUCCCAUUACUGACUUUUCGAGCAUCACCUUCCUUUCUUUAGUGAGUUGAAAGAGCUUAAAGUAUCAGUCUCUAUACACCGGUGCUGUCCUGCUGAAGGAUGAGACGAACCCAAAGGUCCUCUUUCCCUGGGAUUCCCUUGAGGAAUUAACUGAGUAGCAAGAGAUGAUGAUCCUCUUCUCUGUGCUAAAGAGGCAGCAGCUUGCUGACUAUAGCCAGUGAAGCACUCCAUCCGCAACUGAGUUUAACCAAUAUGCCUGAUCUUCAAGAAAUCACUGCUGUAAAUGGGGACCAUAACUGUGCAGGAUUUUAACAUGGUUUGCAAUUUCGUAUACCUCUGUCCUUUUUAACCAACAUUCCUCUAGACAGUCUUGGGUUUGGUUCUGAUUUUAAAUGUCACUAUUUAAGAGAAACGAUACAGCCACACCAGGCAGGCCUCAUUUAUUUUUAGCGUUAAAGGGUUUUACCUGUGUGGAAGCUUUUGGUUCUCAACUAUAUCUUCUGGAUUUUAAUCCCGCUAAUCUUUUUUUCACCAAUCAUGGACUCAAACCUGUGUGUUUUGAAAACAUUAACCGAAGUGCUAAUUUUGUACCCUCUAGGGGAGAUGCCUGGUCUUUACUCUGGACAGACGCAUUUCUCUCUUGCAGCUUCUUCCUGCUGCUCUCCCCGUGACCUAUUCCAUAUCACCCACCCUACCCUUCUCCUCUGCCAUAUUACUCUUUCUUCCUGUUCAUGAAGACUCCAGGGGCACCACUGCAACCCACUACUACCUCUAGCCUUCUCCUCUUCCUCCUCCUUGCCCUGGCUAGCGUAAGUGCUCAGCCAAGCUGGGAUGGGCAGCGGGAGAGGCCGAACUCCUUUAGAAUGCCUUACCCGGGCGUACAAGCUUGUACAUCUACCUUAGAUUCGUGAUGUGCAAGACUGUUUCACCGUAGCUGAAUGUUGUCACUGCACAGUUGUGCACACGGUACUAAACUGGAUUCUCUUCAGUCACCUUCAGCAGACCUGCUGGGCGCCUCGAGCAGCUUUUCUGGAAGGUGGUUGCAAGGUGUAGCUUGAAGGAAGGAGAUGAAGGUUAAAACCGAUCAACUCCAAGGUUUCAGUCCCUUCCCCACUGCUCUUUGUCCCGGUUAGGAUCUGAGAGAAAUCAAACCAUCAAGUGUGCAUUGGAGCAUUCCCAGAGACUCUUUACAUCGCUAAGGCAGCUGUUGAAGAUGAAAAUAUUUUUUAAUCCCGCCGAAGUAUAACGACUGCAAGCUAUAAAUCGGAUCUUCAGAUUUCAUCAGUGAGAUGUGAUGUUCCACGCGGGCCCCGUUCCGUCUCACUGAUGGCAGGAUGGCUGCCUUUGGAAAAACUAUCAUCGUUCCUCACGUGGGUCGCUGGCAGGAUGCGAUCUUGCCACCUGAAAGACAUGUCUAUAAAUGCCAUUAGGAGCUGAUUAAAGCAGGUAAAGACGCUGUACAAUUGUAUUCAAAUUUGUCUUUUUGUGAGGGAAGUAUAUUAGCUCUCUAAAGGUGCUAGGUUUUGCUGACUCAAGUCAUAUUUCAAAAUUAAAUAGGUAAUGUGCGGGCAGGUUAAAGCAGCAAUCCAAGAAGCUUAUUUUUUGAAUACCGUAACCACCACCCUGGGUUCAGUUUUGUGCUAGAAUCUCUGACCAACCUCUCAGGACUUCAGGCUCAGCCCAGAUGAGUAGGACUGUCCCCAGCCUUCAUUAAAAGCAGAUCCCUUUAUUGUAUAGUAGAGCUCUUCCAUUGCCCAGGCACUCAGUGGAAGUUGGGGGUGUGUACUCUAUUACUCUACCUCUUGCACUUUUUAGUUCAAAUAUUACUCUUUUGCAGUGUAAAGUGUAUUUAUCAGUGUGGCAUUUAAUGUAUUUCUAAUGUUUGAGAGAAUUAUGAAAAAUUAAAACUGAUUUGAAGAACUGA